GUUAAUUAUCCCUCGAAGCUGAUCGUAUAAAACGUGGCUGCUCAUCUUCUUACAGCAUCCUUCAUACCUCGCGUCCAAAGUACCACAUCAUCAGCCAUGAAACUGAUCCUGGUAUUCGCCGCCAUUUUGGCCGUCGCUGUAGCCGUUCCUCAGUCAUCUUCAAAGGACGCCCAGAUCACAGCUUACAGCAAUGAUGUAGGAUUGGACGGAUACAAUUUCCAAUUCCAGACAAGUGACGGCAUUUCCCGCAAUGAAGAAGGUAUCCUCAAGAACCCAGGAAGUGAAAAUGAAGCCUUGGAGGUCAAAGGCAGUUACUCUUACAAAGGGCCUGAUGGCAAGGACAUCACCGUGAAUUUCGUCGCCAAUGAAAACGGCUACCAACCAAUUGUUUCUGCUCGCCGGAAGUAAACACAUUCCUUUCGCACUCCACGAAGAUGAUAAGCCUGUCACCAAGUCGGAAACGUUAACACCCUCAACAUCGUUAUAAUUCUAUACGUUUGAAAUUGUGCCAUAAUUAUACAAUGAUCUAUCCCUGUUUCUGGGUUAAGGUUAGCACUGCAAGGGCCUCUACUUUCAGAGUGCAACAGAUGGGAAUUGGUCUAUCAAGUACUUUAAGAAAUGAGCCAUGAAUGAUAAUGGAACAAUACCAGUGUGAUCAUCAAACAAUUUCACACAUAUCGCUAAGCCGCAUGAGUGAGCAUGUCUGUCUGAGCAGCCAAACUGACUGUGGAAAGCUAUGCAAUGAUCGCAAUGUACAAGACAUGACCGUAUUGCUUCCAGAUGAAGAAGGCAUUAAGUAAUUGUAAAAAAUGUAAAAAUUAAAUCACUAUAUUACUAUAAAA